AUUAUCAUUUCUACUUAUAUACUACUUAUGCAUGGAAUAGGCUAAAGACUCAUGACCCAGCACAUUUACUCUAACCCAUUAACCACUUUGUAUCUUCUGAAAAUGAGUCUCGUAACAGUUAUCUGGAAUGGCACAAGAGAAAGUUUGAAUCUAAUUUUUACCUUGAUGCUUUGUGGUAGCCAGAAGCCGACAUCUUUAAGAAGCUUGUAAUCAGAGGCGUCAGCGUUAAAAUCAUGCUUUUGCACAUCAACUCUUGUCCUGCUUCUUCAGCAAGAACAAUCACCAUGUGACCACUCAACCUUGAUCCGUUUAUCAAAGAACUCCAAGAGUCCAACUUCCCCUAGAGAUAAGAGGCUGACUAAGGAGUAAGGCAGCCGUAGACAUCUCCGCUAGCCUAUGUAGCAUGCAUUGCUAUGAAUCAAAGGUCUUUAUUUGUAAUGUUAAAAGCAAAAACACUUAAGAAAAAACUUACACUGUAACGACCCAUAAACUUAACAUACCCGAUACCAUUCUCAUUACUCUCUGCUUCAACAUGUGAUGUGUUGAUGCUCGGUGAUCCUCCUCAACAAACCUGUAGUAUAUAACACACCAGGACCGUUGAUGCAUGAUUCUCAUUCCACGACGGAUGUUCCCAAAAGUGAGAUGUCAUCUUUGACCUGUUGUUAUUGUAGUGCUCAAGGAAUGGUUUCAUUCAACUAUCAGUGGCUAUACAUAAAGAACAUAACUUGUUUAACCUGGUCACUCGUUGCUCUUGGUGACAUCAAUACCAAUAAUCAGAUACGAGGACUCCAAACCAGCAUGUGGAAGAGCAGAAGCAACCUGUCAAGAGAAAGAAAAUCAAGCAAAACCCCCAAUAGACAUAAAUAAACUCACAUAAACCAAGACAAAAGAAGUUUAUGUGAUUCAAACCUCAUCUUUGAUGGAGCGGUAGUUAUCACCAACCCGUGAAAACUUGCUCUCAAGAUUAUUCUGAGGAUUAUUGGAGGGUGCAGUACCUAACACAAAUAUUCUUAUGUCUUUUUGUGUCCUAGAUUUGGAAAACAACAAAUAAUUUAUAACAGAGCCUGACCUGAGCCUGACCUGAGCCUGAAAUUAAAUAACUUAACAUGCACGUACGUAGUGAUUAGAGAAAAGGAAAAUCACUUUGAAAUUUUCCUUUUUUCCUUACCCAACUCCAAGGCUCCAUUAUAAAUACAAAGGGGAGCAUUAAUCACUAUCACCGAUUAUUCAUUCAUUCGCUCGUUGUUGCUUCCCAUAAAAAAAACUAGGUUUAUUGUUUUUCUAUUUCAAAAAAGUCUUUCGGUUACCGUAGUUGUGUUUCGUCUUCUCCUUAUAACGCCAACAGAAGCUAUGGGGUCGUUUAUAAAGCAAUUAUUCUUUAGUUUAUUGGAAAAAACCAAAGGAAGAAACAAACUCUCGAGUCUCAACAAGGAAGAAAAGAAGAAGAAGAAGAAGAUGGAGAAGAAGAAGAAGAUGAAACUACACCUAGUGCUUGACUUGGAUCAGACGCUUCUCCACUAUGUCCCUGUUUCAGAGCUUUCUGAUAAAGAAAAAUAUAUAAUGCAAGAACUUGAUUCAAGGGGUGAUCUACUGAGUUCGUUUAACGGAGGAACUCCCAGGCAUCUGAUAAAGUUACGACCUUUCCUCCGCGAGUUUCUGAAAGAAGCCAACAAGCUUUUCCGCAUGCACGUUUACACGAUGGGCACGUACGGCUACGCGCGGUAUAUAUUGAGUGAGAUUGAUCCUGGUAAAAGAUAUUUUGGAAAUAGAGUCAUAACCAGAGAGAAAUCCCCUCAUAGCAAGACUCUUGAUCGUAUCUCUGCUGAUCAACGAAGAGUGGUUAUUGUUGAUGAUAAUGCUAGUGCUUGGCCUCAACACAAGCCAAACUUGUUGCAGGUGAAACAGUACAUUUAUUUCAGAUACCAGAUGACGAAUAAUGAUUCGGAAGAAGAAUUUUACUCUCACGCAGAGAAGAAGAGCGACGAGAGUCGAAGCAAUGGAUCAUUGUCUAAGGUUCUCAAAAUCCUUCAGAAAGCUCACACAAGAUUCCAACAAGAAGAGGAUUCUUACGACUUGAGGCUUUUGAUACGUGACUGAUCCUCCCUCCUUGUGUGUUGUUGAUUUUGACCUUCACUUCAGAAAACUAACUGCUAUUUUUGUUUGCAAUUUCUCAAAAUACACGCACAAUAACAAUUAAUGCAAACUUUUCAAUCAAAAUGCUUGUUUGUUUUA